GCCUGGGCCGGGCCAGGCCGGGCUGGGGUCGUGAGAGGAGUUUCUGGAGCGACCGUGUGGGCUGUGGGUGCGGGGCUGGGGCGGCCUCUCCCCGCAACCCCUCACACUCUCUAGUGUACGCAGCCCAGUUCUCCCUUCUGCCCGGCCGGCCCCCUCUCCCUGCAGGCUUCCCUCAUGGAGACCGCUGCCGCCCCGGCCGCCCCUGUUCCCUCUGGCCUGGCGACGGGCCCCUUUCCCCCGCUUUUCCCCCCAGGACUGCACGGUAUCUAUGGAGAGUGCCGGCGACUGUACCCGGAGCAGCCCAACCCCUUGCAGGUCACCGCCAUCCUCAAAUACUGGUUAGGUGGACCUGAUCCUCUGGACUAUGUCAGUAUGUACAGGAACUUGGGAAGCCCAACCCAAAAUGUUCCUGAGCACUGGCACUAUGUAAGCUUUGGAUUAAGCGACUUGUAUGGUGAUAACAGAGUGCAUGAGUUUACUGGACCAGCUGGGCCAAGUGGUUUUGGAUUUGAGCUGACAUUUAGACUUAAACGUGAAACAGGGGAAUCGGCACCACCCACAUGGCCAGCAGAGUUAAUGCAGGGCUUAGCCCGAUACGUCUUCCAAUCAGAAAAUACAUUUUGUAGUGGUGAUCAUGUAUCAUGGCAUAGUCCAUUGGACAACAGCGAGUCUAGGAUCCAGCAUAUGCUGCUGACUGAAGAUCCGCAAAUGCAACCAGUUCAGACACCAUUUGGAGUUGUUACCUUUCUUCAGAUUGUUGGGGUAUGUACAGAGGAGCUUCAUGCUGCACAGCAGUGGAAUGGACAGGGUAUAUUAGAAUUGCUUCGGACUGUAUCUUUAGCAGGAGGCCCAUGGUUAAUAACAGACAUGCGACGUGGGGAGACAAUAUUUGAAAUCGAUCCACACCUCCAACAGGACAGAGUUGAUAAAGGGAUUGAGACAGAUGGCUCAAACCUGAGUGGUGUCAGUGCUAAAUGUGCCUGGGAUGAUCUUAGCCGGCCACCAGAGGAUGAUGAAGACAGUAGAAGCAUCUGCAUUGGCACACAUCCACGACGUUUGUCUGGUAAAGAUACAGAGCAAAUUCGAGAAACUCUGCGAAGGGGACUUGAGAUUAACAGCAAACCUGUCCUGCCACCAAUUAGUGCUCAGAGACAGAAUGGGCUGAACAAUGACAGAGCACCGAGUCGCAAGGACAGUCUGGAAAGUGAGAGCUCAGCAGCAAUUAUUCCUCAUGAAUUGAUUCGCACUAGACAGCUUGAGAGUGUACACCUAAAAUUCAACCAGGAAUCAGGAGCAUUAAUCCCACUUUGUUUAAGGGGCAGAUUAUUACAUGGACGGCACUUUACGUACAAAAGUAUUACAGGGGAUACAGCAAUCACUUUUGUAUCUACAGGAGUUGAAGGAGCCUUUGCUACAGAGGAACAUCCAUAUGCAGCACAUGGACCCUGGUUACAGAUCUUGCUGACUGAAGAGUUUGUGGAAAGAAUGCUGGAAGACCUAGAAGAUCUGAAUUCUCCAGAGGAAUUCAAACUUCCAAAGGAGUAUAGUUGGCCUGAAAAGAAAUUGAAAGUCUCCAUCUUGCCUGAUGCUGUAUUUGACAACCCGCUCCAUUAAAGCCAACAGAAACCCACAAGCAACAAGUUAUUGUGUGCUGCCCAGUGACUCAUGGGAUAAUUUAGUGCAGUAAAAGUUCUUCCUGCAAAUACAAGAUAUUGCUGCUCAACCACUGCAAACAGAGGAGGGGUUAUCCGAUAGCAGUCCAGAAAGAACUGAACUCUUCCAGUAUACCUGGCUUUCUCCUUUUUUGUGGCUGAACUCUGAAUAUCCUGUACAAGUGUGUGAGUGAGAGUGAGACAAAGAGAAAGAAGUAUUUAACUAUGAAUAGUCACUGUAAUAAUAAUUUUCUUAUUUUAGCUGGCUCCAGAACUCCCUGCUGCCUUAGUUCAGGAUAUGUAUGCCUCAUCUGCCUUUGUUUCAUCACACAUUUUUCUGGUGUAACCCCAAAAUUCAUUGAUCAUCCAGGCUUUUCCUGACCAGAAUUCAUCCUUCAAUAUGAGUUCUGUUACUCUUGAAAGGGCAUAGUGCCUUCCCCCAGCCCCCUUAGGGUUUAGAAUCUAAAUAUGAGACGUAAAAGCACUGUAUUUGAAAGUAAAUUCCUCACUUGAUUUAUCAUAAGAACAAGAAAGCUCAACUGUAUCUAGUGAGAUUUGCUACCAGUUGAGUGUGUGUAGGAUUGUAGGUUUAAACAUCUCUCUGUGUGCGCGCAUUGGGGCAAUAGGCCAGAACAGGCCCAGGUUUCUUCAGUUGCUCCUGUUGAGCACAAAUAAAAGAGGAAAGUAAGUGGGCAAUUAGACGUAAAGGCUUUUUACCUUGGACUUGUAGAACUACACAGUGAAUUGAUGGUUGCGCUUAUUUUCUGUCUUAAUACAACCAGUCCUUCUUUUAACAUUCCCGAUAAAACACCUCUCCUGAAGUUUGUUGUAGAUUUCUGCAAGGCUUCCCUGUCUCAGACUGCAAAGAAACAGGAAAUAGUUCAUGUGUAAAGAGAAGUCUGAAAGGCUGUUGUAUUUAAAUCAGCUUAGAAAACAAUGAUUUCUAUUGGCUAUUGAGUCAGGCCAUUCUGGAAUGCUUUGGAAAUGCCAUCCAUGUAGUCCUGCAAACACAGAUAUUAAUCUUCAGUAUUGAUGGCUUGGUUUUAUGACAGCAAAACUGUAUUUCUAAAGUACUUCCUUGCAAACUUUGACAUUGUUCCUACCAGAAGCUAAACUGACUUCUUAAGCGAGACUUAAGUAGUACUAGCUCUCUAGCUCAUUUCACUACCACCAUAUAUUAAAUUGCUCACUGCAGAAGCAGAAAUCUAUAUUCUGGAAUUAGCUCCACUUCAUCAGCACCAAUAUGGAAUAAAGCAAACUUCAGCUAGGCUGUCGUUCCAACUGCCAUGUUUAGUCUGCAGUCCUAUACUUGUUUAGAUAGAAAAAGGUCUGGUUAUAGAAUGCUGGGAGUUGUAGGACUUUUCUUCCAUCUAACCAUGGAUAGGAUUACACCCUUACCUUGCUUUUAUAGAUUUUUUUUUAAUGGGCAGGGGAUCCAUUAAAAAAACCAUUUUCUUUGUACUUGGCUACCCAGCACAAAAGAUGUGAGCCAAGAUAGCAGCUCUGCUUUAAAAUAUGAGAACCCAUUCCAAACUCCAGAUGUUCAGCUGUUCUGAUCUGUAGCUUAACGUCUGGGACAGAACCAUGUUGUCCAGAAUAAAAUUCCAGUAUUUUUCUGAUGCUUAAAAAGACUCUUCCCCAUUGCAGGUAGCUUAGAAAUGACAGACAUGCUCUAAAGAGGACCAGCCAUGUGAUGAUGCCUUGGCUAGAGCAAAUAUGAGCAACAUAUGAGCUGUGGACAUGCUGUAGCUCAUAAGAAACUAUUUUGUAUUGCCCAUCUUUCAUAUUAAGACUUCAGACAGCACAAUGCAUUGGUCUGAUAUUUAGGGAUUACAAGACAAAAGUGCUUUGGAAGUCACUGAAGGCACAGUCCUAUGCAUGUUGAGAUGACAAAAAGUUCAAUUCCCAGCAUGCCCCAACCAGUAUAGCUAGUCUGGGCAUGCUGGAAGUCAGGACUUUUCUUUGUCUCAGCAUAUAUUCACACCUUUAAUUGAUAGUGUUUGGGGAGUUGUUGUGUUGCAGUUGUGCAUAUGAUCCAAAUUUAUGUUCUAAUGCAAGCAGAACUAACCAACAACCUGUAACUAAAGGUUUAAGCACAAUGUAAAAACAAGACUAAAAAACUGAAGUGGGCUAAACAAUAGGGUGUUCUUGUGGAAAUGCAAAAGGGAGUCACUGUGAACUAUACUAACAAUCAGUUGAAUGUUACUGAAUUGUUUAUUUCCCCCACCAAAAGCAUUUUUGUUAGGCCUAGUUCUCACAAACAGCAACUGAAAUAGUAAACUUUUCUCUUGACUGCUCUGCUUCAGACUGUAAAGGGGUCUAUAAUGGGUUUCCUUGUUUCUCUGUGAAAAAGGCGUUCCGCACAUAACUGCUGGUAUGCCAGGAAGAAAACUAGGCUUGAAUCCUUUUCCUUGACACCUAAUUUCCUGUUUAUAGAAGUGUGUGUGAGUAUUACAUAAAACUAAAGGCCUUUCUAAUCCAGCACUCUGUUCCUACAAUGGCCAGCCAGUUGCUGAUAGGAUGCCCACAAGCAAGUCAUGAAUGCAGUAGCACCUUCCUGCCCAUGUGACCCAGCAACUAGAAUUUAGGGGCAUACUGAUUCUAAUACAAGAGGAAAUACACAGUCCUCAAGUCUAGUCGCCAUUGUUAUCCUUUUCAAUGAUUUAUAGCCAUCAUAACGCUCUUAUAUAUAAUCAAAAGAGCCCUUAGCAUUUUUUCAAAGAAUAAAUUAUCAAGAUCAUCUAAAGUUAAUCUUGAAAUCUUUUUAUUCCAUUGUAUUAAUUAGUGCCACAAUGCUUUGCAAAGCUACACUGUCAGAUUCAGUCCUCUCUAUGGGCCAGUCAUCAGUCACUUCCCCCUUUUGAUAGAGGAAAAUGCUGAGUGGUUUCCUGUCUGACGAAUGAAAGAAAUUGUGGAAUAAUUCACAGAAUACUGUACUGUGAAAUGCUAACCAGGAUUUUUUAAAAAGACAGGAUUUAUGUGGAUUUUUCAGGAUCUGUGAGGUAGAGAUUAGGCUACUAUCUACUAAGGCUCAUGAUGGUCUGUUGCAAAAUUCACACGGAUGUUUCAUUCUGACAGAAACUUUUCAGCAUUUUGUCCACCAAGAAAAAUUGGUUCAAGUUUUUCAUAUUUCAUAUUUGCCUAAAACUAUCCACAAAUUACUUCUUUGCUAAAUCAUAGGUAAGGUACUUUGAUAUAUAUUGUUUAAUCAGUAACAAUUUAUGGCAGUUACUGUUGGGUGCUCUUCUUGUCAGCUCUACAGAGAACUUAAUGGAAUGGUGCCUGGUCUCGCCAACUUACUGUAUCUAAGUAACAUUCCACAGGCAAGCAUUUCUGCUGUGUUCAGUUAAGAUGACCACGUGUUCUUUUUUUGAGACAAGGCUGGAAGGUUUGCUCUGUGCUCUUGGUCUCCCCUUGCUAGUUACUGAAGUGGUUUACAGGAAAUUGGAGCUUUGGCUGCUCUUCAGUUGGUUUGCACCUGCUCCUUAAUCCCUUCAGCACCUGGAGUUGUAAACACCCUUCCUGGGUUGCUGCAACAAUUAUUAACUUUCAGUGCAGCUGUUGCAUCAGUCAUGUGCUUGGACAGUACUAACCUAGCCACCAGACCAAAUAGUAGCAAAAGAGCCAUUCCUGAGGGUUUACUAUCUAACUAUGAAGAUAUUGUAAAUUAGCAUCUGAUCAAGAGGCUAUAGAAGUUUGAGCAAAAGACUGGUCAGGUGGAAGGCAAGAUAUAAUAGACUCCAUCCAGCUGCAGGUGUCUGGCCACAUGCACUGUUGUACUCAGGAGCCAAGCCCCAUAAAAGCAAUAAGAAUUCUCACAAAGACCUCCACCCUUAGUCUUCCUUCAUGUCCCUUUCUCUUUUUUUCUGCCUCCCUACCGUAACAUUAAAAUUUAUGGACAUUAAAUAUAAAAACAGCAGCCACUCCUCUUGAAGGAAUAUUCACAACUGUUGUCAACUGCAGUCUUGUAAGGAUUGAGCUCAGGGGAGAGGAACAAGUUUUGUUAAUCUAAAGCCAUGGAGGUUGUACAGAGUAUUGGUUGAAUGAAUGCUUGUGAUAUCAUGAAAACCCUUGGUCUGGAACAGUUUUCAGCUUCAAAACAUACAGUUGGGACAUUUAAAAAUAAAUCAAACCGUAUAUGAUAGUUGAAAUGAAUAAUCCUGCAACAAGCAGGAUCUUAAGCAUCAAAAGUGCAAAAAGGGUAGCUCACCAGGAGAGUGAGGGAUAGUGCCAAACUGAUCAGAAAAAUCUAGUGUUCACUGCAAAGACAGGUAUGUGUGUCACUAAAAGAGCAAACAAAAUUGUGGUGUCUCCUGUUUUUAUGCACCUCUGUACACACCCCCAGUUUACAUCUUACGCAUUUUUUUCUGAUGGGUAGCUCUGUAUUUGGUCUCCCCAGCAAGACAGAUGACACUAGAGCAGAAAUGUUCUAUGCAUAAUGUAGUCUUCUGCAGCAUAUUUAACACUGCACUCCACACAGUCACUUCACUUUGCAGACCUGGAUGUGUUAGGCCCUAGUAUGACAGAUGAAAGCCUGGAUUUCACAUCUGUGGUUCUACAGAGAUUGCUCCAUCAUCCCAUUGUACUCGUUUUUUCAGCAGCCAUAGAAAAAAAAUACUUCAUCGGAAAAAUCCUUUGUGCAUGAUCCAGAUACAUAAAGAAAAGUAAGGGUCAUGGUACAAAAGAAUUGCAGAAUUGUUUUUAUUGGCUUGAGGCAAAAAUGUGUUAAUAUUUAAUUUUGCUCCCCAAUACUACCACUGUCAUAAUGUAUAAGAAAGAAAGAAUACCUUCAUAUUCUUCAGAGUUCUAACUUACUGUGGUGUUUCUUUCCCAUCAUCAUUUACUCUUUCAAAACUUCCUUUGCCGGGCAUUCAAAAUGUCAGACAGAAAAUGAGCCUGUAGCUGAAGAGAAUUUUAAAAGGAACCCAUAGUCUGACCUGCCUCUCAGGCAAUUAACCUAUGAGCUUGAUGCACUUUGAUUCCCCUUCAUUUCAUAUACAGUUCUCUUUUUCUCAAAUUGCUUAAAGACCAUAAAAUCUUAAUAAGUAGUACAUUAGCUUUGUACUAUCAUUCCUAGGCUGUCAUAAAGGUGUGCCUUUGCUACUUUCAACCAGCCAGCAAAUAAGGGAGUUGUGUACGUAUUUUGAAAAAUGCUCUCCAUCUCUCUGCUUUGGGAUUCACUGCUGAAAAGCAAAGUCUCUGAUAGCAGAAUAGCUUAGUGGAUGCCAGUGUGUGUGAGUGUGUGUGUGGGGGGGCGUUUAAAGUGCUUCAUCAUGUGCAAUUUAAUUUCAGAAAAUAAUUUCAAUUAAAAGCGCAAACAAGAAUUUGGUUGCCAGCUAACUCUCCUGGCUUUGUAAACAUGUCAGUUUCCCCACAUGUUGUCUCUCAAAUGUUUCCUUUGCUUGUUUCCUAGUGAGGGUGGAAGAAUGUGGGCAACUGCAUUUUCUUUCUUGAGGCCCUGAUGGCAAAGGUCUGUGUUCAUCACUGUCCUUCUAUGUAAAGGAGAAAAGGGAGGGUGAUAGCAUGAGCCUUGCAGAUAGUGUAAGCUAGAUUUGUGAAGGCCUGCAGUAAGGGAGGGUGGCCACUGGCAGCCCAGUUGACACCCUGGGGAGAUAGUUGAGUGUGCAGUUGCCUUACAGGGCUUGUUGGCUCAGGUUUAAGUAUUCUUUUUACUAGCUUCCUUUUCAACACUGCUCAGAAACUCAAUUCUGUGUAAAGACUUGGCAAAACCUAUUAAAGUGAUAAAACAGUGAGUUAAUUCGAAAGAUCCUGUGCUCUGAUUGCUGAUAAAUGACACGGUCCAAGGCCUGUCUUUUCUGGUAUCACAGUGUACAAUUUAACAGUACAAAAUGCCUUUGUGAGAGAAAAGCACCUCAUAGUCAUGUGCUUUCUGGCCCAUCCCCAUUUUGUUUGACUUGGUGGACCUGGGUGAAAGACUGAAGUGUAACUGGUGUUCAGUCUGAGCCGUUCUGAAUGUCACUUGCAGGUAAAAACAGCAAAUGAUAAUGUUUAAAGGAAUAAAUUGCAGCAGUAUCACACUUGAAGUGGAAGAAAGUGCACAUUCCCUUAUUGAAACUGUUUUAUCACCAUAGGAAUCAGAGAUUACUAUUAAAGUCAGGAAGGUUGCUAACUUUUUUUAAGGGAUAGAGCUCUUGUUGGUUGUUACUAUAGUUCUAUAUAAUGGGUGGCUGUAGUGCUAGCAAACUUUGAACAGAAUGAGUUAUUUUACUUUUGGAGGAACUAAUCCUUAGACUUCCUCCACUUUUAAUUCUGACUGCUGAGGCAGCUUUGACGAGCUUCAGCUGAGGUGAACCUUUCUGUAGUUCAUCUGUGUGUGUGUGUGUGUGCGCGCGUGCUUGUGUGUGGUUUGUUUGCCUCUACAAAACUGUUAUGGACACAGCAGAUGCUGUCUGAAAAUGGUUUGCCGUUCCUGCAGUGAGAUUUUCAGUACUUUGUAGUAUGCCUUUUUUCUACCAAAAAACCCAAUGGAAACCUAAACUAGCAGAGGUUUUUAAAAUUUUAUAUUAGUUUCUAAUGUGUAUAUUCUUACAUUAUCACAGUGCCGGUGUGCUCACCUGCGCAAAACUACUUUUUGUAAUAUUUUUGUGAAUCACAAAGCUUUGUUUCUUUCCUGUGUAUUCAAAAUACAUUAAACUUGUUUGCAUA